AUGUCUCGAUUCCUUUCCUCUCUCUUUUUGGUCUUUUUGGCUGCCUCUCCAUUCCUCGCUUCUCCGGCGAAUCCGCUGAAUCUGAAGAAGCACCACGGAGCAAUGUGCGACGUGUGCAAGGCCCUCGUGGAUGUGAGUGAUCCGUUUGUGGUUCCACGUACAAUCGGAUGCUUUCAGGGCGGCGAGAAGGUCGGGGACGACGACUUGGACGCGUGGCUCGACGUGAACAUCGGCACUCUCUGCUGGACAAUGCUCCUUCCGCUCCAUCACGAGUGCGAGGAAGAGCUGAAGAAGGUGAAGAAGGAGCUGAAGAAGGACAUCGAGAACAAGGAGUCGCCGGAAAAGGCCUGCAAGGACGUUGAUCUUUGCUAA